AUGCUUGGGGCCGGGGCCGACGCGGCUUCCGAGACGAUCACUCGCGAUGUGGUGAUUGUGGGCGGAGGAAGCACCGGCACCUACGCGGCCACCCGCCUCAAGGACCUGGGCAAGUCCUUCGUCGUGGUCGAGCGCAGCGCCAGUCUGGGUGGCCAUGCAGAGACCUUCUAUCCAGCCGAUCACACCCCCAUCAACUACGGGGUCGAGGGUCUCUUCAACACCAGCGCGACGCGAGCGUAUCUGCGCCGACUCAACGUCACGUAUGAAGUGCGCACGCCCGCCUCGUCCACGGACCAGUAUCUCAACCUGAGAACCGGCGCCAGGGUACAGGUCGAGCCCUUUGACGAGCAGCAGGUCCUGAAGCCAUACCUCGAUGCCAUCGCCCAGUUCCCCUUCCUCAACGACGGGGUCUACGACCUACCCGACCCAGUCCCAGAGGACCUGCUGCUCCCGUUCGGCGACUUCGUGAAGAAAUACCACCUCGAAGACACCAUCCUCCCGAACAUCAACCACGGUUGCGGCGACAUCCUGAAGACGAUGACCAUCUAUCACGUCCAAUACCUCGGGAUCCCGCACGCCAAAGCCCUGGGAGAAGGCUACAUCCGCCCCGUGAACGGCAUGGCCGAGAUCUACACCCGGGCGGCGAAGGAAUUGGCCACCCACCUCCUGUUCAGGACGACCAUCCGAUCCAUCCGUCGCACCCACAACGGGGUCGAGGUCACUGUCCGUCACGCCAACGGCACAGCGCGACUCAUCCGCGCGAGCCAACUCCUCCUCACCAUCCCCGUAACGCUCGAAAACCUGCGCAACAUCAUCGACCUCGACCCGCACGAAACGGACCUCUUCGCCCGGUGGCGCCACCAAACGUACCACGCCGCCCUCAUAAACAAUACCGGUCUCGUCGAAGGGGUGAACCUCCUCAACAUCGACCCGGACAACCCUCUGUCCGUGCCAUACGAGCCGUUCAUCUGGCGGAUCGACGCCCAGCGCGUCCCCGGAUACUGCACCAUCAAGCUAGUGGGGAACCAGUCAUUCAGCGCGUCCGAUGCGCGGCAGUUGUUGGUGGAGACGUUCGCCCGGCUCCGUGCGCAAGGUACGUUUCCGACGGCGCGGAAGCCGCAUAUCGUGACCUGGGGCGACCACACGCCGACGACGAUGAGCGUGAGUGCGGAGGAGAUUCGGGAUGGGUUCUACAGCGAACUGUAUGGCUUGCAGGGAAGGCAUCGCACGUUCUACACGGGGUUGUCGUGGGCGUCAGACUACUCGACCUUGCUGUGGGGGUAUACGGAUACCGUCAUUGAGCAGAUGCGAGCGGCCUGGGCACAGGGGAUGUGA